AAAACAAGAUGGCGGAUGAAYGUUGUGUGUUGGAGGGUGGCUGUAAAAGUAAAAAUGGAUUGGAUGUUACAAAUAACGGAAUUAUUGCACCAGAAAAUUUAUCCAAAACACCCAAAUUUACUUAUUACCAAACAAAUCUUACAACAUUUUGUCAACCAUGGCCAGAAUCAAACACCACAAAGUCACAGCAAUUCACAGAGUUUGAUAACAUGUUAAGAACAUCUUGGUCUAAUGCAAUGUCAUUGGGAUGCUUCAAAUAUAACCUGGACAGCAUGAAAACAAAAGUUGUGCCAGGAAGUUAUAAGCUUGUUGCACAGUUAAAUGAGAAGCGCUUUGUUCAGAGACGAAAACCUCAAAAAAUGUCAAGUGUUUCACAGCCAUUUGAUGMCUCUAAGUUCAAUUUUACUAAAAUUGCAAAUAAAGAGAUAUUAUUCGAAAUGUGUGCACUGCACCGACCGUCCUCAGAUACGAAUAUUAUGGUAAUAAAUGUCAGUCCUUUAGAGUUUGGCAACUCUCUCCUGGUGCCCACUAUUAACUCAAGAUUACCACAGAUCCUAACAGUAGAUUCCAUUGAACUAGCAUUUGAAACAUCAUUACUGUCUUCACACAGAGGCUUUCACACUGGUUUCAAUAGCUUGUGUGCCUUUGCUUCUGUCAAUCAUCUUCAUUUUCAUGUCUGGUAUUUGGACUAUCCUACACCUUUGGAAAGCAUUACCCUGAAGGCAAUUUCUAAUGACGUAUACGAAGUAACCAACUACCCAACAAGGCUGUUCGUGUUCUUGUUACAAGAUCCUUCAGAAAUACCACGCCUCUCAAGAAAAAUCCAUAAAAUUACAUCUCAUUUUGUGGAUAAUGAGGUGGCCCAUAACUUGCUGAUUUUACGAGGAACUGAUGACGUAAUAAUGGAUGGAUCUUCGCAACGCACUAGUGUACGGGUCUUUCUCUGGCCUCGACAACCCGUUGUUGGAGCGAAGGAUGAGAGUAUGUUUAAUAUUGCUGUCUGUGAACUUGGUGGUCAUCUACCAAUCAGAACCGCUGACCAGUAUGACAGAAUUACAGAACAAGACUUCUGUGAGCAGUUGAAGAGCGUUACCCUACAAAACGAAGAGUUUGAAAAACUCAAACAUUUUGUUGCUCAGGCCUAAAAAUCACAUACAAAAUCAUAUAUCCCAAGAUCACGGUAGGGCAUGUGGAAUCGUACAAUGAAAAUUUCGAAUAUAUUUAAGUGGGAAUGAUGAUGAUGAUGAUAAGUUUAUUUAAAAUCGGUGUUUCAGGAUUGUUUACGUCCCUAGCUAAUAAAAAUGCUAAUAUGCCGAGAAUAAAUAAAGAAAAAUAAGAAAAUAGAAAAUUAAAGCCGGAAUUUAAUACUACGCUAAAACUACUAAAUAAUUAUCUUUCUAAACGUUAAAUUAUGAUUGAUGAAUCUUAGUUUAGCACGAAAGGUGGAAAUCUCUCCAAUUCGUGAAUUGUUCAAACAGUUGCAACACUGUAUGAAAGUGAUAUUUAAUAUUUUAAAAUCGAUACCAAUUCACAAGCCUGUGAACGGUUUACAAAUAAAUUAUUAUACAUUUUACCAACUAUCUCGCUUCUCAUUGGCCGAGAGCCCUCAGCCAAUCUAUGAUAUCGUGUGAACUCGACAUUAUAAAUGUAUUAUCUGUAGGUUUCCCUUAAUGUAGUGGUAGUGCGUGUGAGCGAAACGUGUCCCCAAUAAGUGCGAAAGCGCUAGAACGACUAGACACUUGAAUAAAAGUGAUUUAUUUAUUUUUCUGUACAGAUGAUAUCUUUAUAAAAUUCAAUGAUUUCCUUAUAUCAUUACCUACGCAGCUGUUCUCUCAGUAUCUGUCACGAGAACGGCUCCGUAGGAGGCUAGCCGGUUGGCUGAUAAAUUAUUUGUAACUUAAA